UUUCUCCACUGCUCACCUUUUUUCACUUUUUUGUUAAUAUGCGUUCACCAAAGUCCCCUCCAGGAAGUUUCACCAUCGGUGUAGUCAGGAAUAAACACCGCGAAGGCAUCACAACCGAUGCAAGAGACUGGUCGAUGGUUCAUGUCGGCUCGCUUAUUCAGAACCAACAAGUCGUUACCAUUGAAGGGUCAACUCUAGUCGAGGAUGCUUGUCAAAAACUGAUUGACAACAACAUUUCAUCAGCACCAGUCCUCGGUGCACCGCAAUCGAAGUCGCCUACUUCUGGGAUUGAGCGCAAAAAGUCGUAUAUCGGCAUGUUCGACUACGGAGAUCUUAUUACUUAUGUCCUCAUAGUCCUUAAACGUUCCAAUGUUUCUCUGUCUGACGAAGAUGACGCCAGCCUGGAAAUCAAAGAAAUCGUUAAGCGCGCUGUUGCGGGUCAAAGUGUGCCUGUUAGGCUAGCAAGUGAUUUAUCACGUAAAAAUCCGUUUUAUUCCAUACUGCCUGAAACAACUUUACUAUCUGUUGUGGAAGAAUUUGCUUGCGGAACACAUAGAGUUGCUGUCACGAAACCAGAUGGCGAUAUUCAGGGAAUGCUCUCACAAUCGACGGUUAUUAAUUUUCUGUUCAAAAAUAUGCACAACUUUUCUGACCUAGAGUCACUUAUGAACCGAACGCUUCGAGAACUGGGGCUUGGGCAUAAUUCUGUUAUUUCAGUCAAUGCUGAUUCUCCUGUAUUGGAUGCCCUCACGCUUAUGAGCAAAUACGGUGUUUCAUCCUUGGCUGUUGUAGGCCAAAUGGGAGUUUUGCUUGGAAACAUCAGCAUAACCGAUGUCAAGUAUGUCAUCAAGAGUAAAAAUUCGCUCUUGUGGAAUACCUGCUUUCAGUUUGUAGGAAUUGUAAGGAGUAAACAGGGAAUAGACGAUGGUCAGGACCGCUAUCCUGUUUUUGAUGUGAAAUUGGACACUAUACUUUACCAAACUGUGGCUAAACUGAUUGCCACCAAGGCCCACCGACUUUGGGUCACAGACGAUAGAGGACGCGCUACAGGUGUGGUGUCUCUAACCGACGUCUUGCGGGUCAUUGCCAAGAGUGCAGGUCUAUCUGUCAGUGAGCUUCGACGAAGGGAUAGUUUAGCAAAGGGUCCAUGGGCAUAAAAAAAAGUAUCAUUUUUUGUUAACGUACCUCUUUCAUUUUCCUCAAAAAAAUACUAAAAACGAAAAAAUCAUUUGUAAAGAUGGGUGUCCGUGGCCAGACCCGUACUGGUUCGUCUGUGGGUCCCAUUAUUGGGUAGCCGAUUUCCCAAAAUAGUUAGCGCCCUUUGUUACAUGAUGUCAUAGCUAUGCAACGAGGCGCCUCUAGGCAAUGAAUCAAACUGCCAAAUUGCUGGUUUGAAAUCAAUAGGGAGAAGUAUCUAAUACACACAAAAAAGUGCAAUGAAUGUUCGAGACGAGCGUCAGUUUGAGGAUGAAUUGAAGGAAGUCGAAGAGAGCCAGAGGUAUAUCGUACAAAGUUACCGCUCAAUAAAAGAGAAAAAACUCCCUUUCCCCAUAGCCGAAAAAAUAUCUACACUUUACU